CACACGGUUUAGGCAGGACGAGACGCCCGCGCGCAUAAUGCCUCCCAUUGUAGCCUUUGGCCUAAAGCUCGGAUUUGCAAAUAAACGCGCCUCGGCGCACGUGAUCGCGUCGAACUUUCCAAAUUUACCAUCAAGCAACGAAAACAAUCGGACGGCGAUAUGUCCGAUUCAAUUAGGAUCGAAUGUCGCUACCAUCUGUUGCGUUUUUAUUCAACGGAAAGCACCCGUCGGCUUGGCAAAACGGCCAUCGCCGGCGAGAUAUCCCACGGCUGAUUCGAAUUCAAUAUUUAUGCGUGAAGCGUCCCGAGACUCCUUGUCUUAAUUUUAACACGAAAGCGAUCCCGAAGCGAUUGUUCCUUGAUGCCGCAACCUUGAGAAGCGAAUAGUUUUCGCGCUGGAAAGCACAACGCUCUCUGCUGUGCGAGUCCCAUUACAAUUGAGAAAAUCAUCGCAGUUCUCGCGCGAUCUCGCGUUGUAUCAUAAUUGCUCAGAUGCGCGAGUAUCCCUCAGCAAACGGCGUAAACUAAAACAAUCGUUUUCCGACUGACUUUACUACGCGUUACUCGUGCUAUCGAGGGUCAGCCGGCGAAGCCAAUAGUGCUUUCUAUGUCGCGCAUAUAAUGGCAAAGAGCAGAGGUCAAUAAUAAUAUAGCGUAAAUGUGAAAAUCGCGAUAUCCGUGUCGGCAUAAUUGAUUGCGGUGCAGCAGCAGUAUUAUUGUUGAAGCGAAAAUUAACAAAUCGCGAGAAUCGAUCACCGUCGCGAUCACCCGCGGUAUCCGAAAGCUCCCCCUUAAAAUGGACAGUACUCCGAUAUGUGACGCAUGUCACGAUGAAGAAGAAGAUUACCUCGCUGAUGAUCGCGCGUCCCCGUCACGCGAUUGCGACGUUGGCCUCGGGUUGUGUGUUUUACCACCGUACAGGGAAACCACGACGGCGUCGUCAUCUCGGCGAGCUCAUCGUCGAAAUGCGGCAUCGAUCGUGCGCGCGUAGAAACGGACGAUCUCGUAAAUACGGGAAAUCUUGCGGAGAUACUUUGAAAGGCGAAGGAAUACGGGCGAUAAUAGAGCCACCGCCGAACGAAUCUGAUGAGCAGCCAAUGCAAUUCGCCGAGAUCAAAGGAUGCAAGGAAAAUCCGGACAUUUGCGGCAUGGAGGCAGCCUGCCGCGACUUGGGGGACACAUCAGACUGCAUCUGUCCUCAUGAUAUGUCCCCACCUACGCGGGACCUGAAAUGUCCGAUACGAUCAAUUGUUCCAUUAACACCUCGUCCUAUACACAACAUAAUACCACCGAAUAACGAUACAAACAGCACGACUGAACUCCCGGAGACCGAAGAGGUAAGCGGACUGAGGCCCAAAGUAUCUGAAAUAAUAGGAAUAUCUGUAGCUUUCGCCGUGGGAAUCAUGAUUAUACUGAGCAUCGUAUACUGCGUGAGAAGACGCAGUUACAGAGUCAAAUCUCAGAGAACUUCUCUGGAUAGCACUCCGAUAAAUCUGAAGAAAGGGAUGUUGUUGCCGAACAAGUACACGCCGAAUCCUCAAUAUUUCACGUGCACUUCGCCGGAAAUCUCCAUCAUACAACGCGACACACUCGUUUUCCAGGACGAUAUCGGCGAAGGAUGUUUCGGCAAGGUUUACAAAGGUGAAUGGCACAACGGAGACACGAAGGAGAUCGUCGCCGUGAAAGUGCUGAAGGAUACCGCGACGCGUGAGACCGAGGAGGACUUUAUGCGAGAAGUAGACAUCAUGUCCACAUUCAGUCACACGAACAUCUUGUCGCUGAAAGGAGUGGUGCUUCGCGACGCCGCCAGCAGCCCGUGUAUGGUGUUCGAAUAUAUGCCACAUGGUGACCUCGCCAAAGUACUGCGAGCGAACUCACGGCAGUUGAGAUCGCCGAACUGCGGACUACAGUCGUUAACGAUGGAUUCCCUACAUUGGAUAUCGAUUCAAGUCGCGGCCGGUAUGACUUAUUUGUCAGCGCAGCGAUUCGUGCAUCGCGAUUUAGCGUGCAGAAAUUGCCUGGUCGGCGCGGAUCUGCUAGUAAAAAUCGCCGAUUUCGGCAUGUCGCGGGACGUUUACACAUGCGACUAUUAUAAGAUCGGAGGAACGCGUUUGUUGCCGGUUCGAUGGAUGUCGCCGGAAAGCGUGAUGUACGGGCGCUUCACUCUGGAAACCGACGUCUGGAGUUUCGGCGUUGUCCUCUGGGAAGUCUUCUCGUUCGGGAAGAUACCCUAUUACGGCCACAGCAACGAAGAGGUCCUAAAACUCAUACGUCAAGGAACUAUCCUGAUGCCGCCGGACGAUUGCCCGCCUAUCGUUUGCCAGAUAAUGCGCGAUUGUUGGAAGAGUAAGCCGCAGGAUCGAAUCAGGUUCCCCGACAUCCUGGAGAGGCUGGAGAAGGCGCAGGGCAAACUGAUCCAGCAAGGGACUCUGCCGAGACCGCCGCAAGGACCGGUGACGAUACGCACUCCGGAUGUCUUAGAUCCGGAUGGCUAUCUGCUUCCCGCUCCCGCGGUCCCUCACGAAUAUCUGCAAACUCUUCCGGUGCAGUCCGACUGAUCGACGGAAUGCAAUGACAGCAAAAAUACACGAACUUCGACUACUGAAGCAAGCGUGAGUGAAACGAUGCGCGCGAAAUGAAUCGAAGAAAUGUGUGAAACAGAUCAAACGUCUCGAGUGAAGUAAGGAACACUCGGUGAAGUAACACUCCAGUGAAGUGAAGUUGUCUCGGAGUUCACUAUGGUAUAUACCACGUAUCAAUUAAAAAACUAUGAAUAUUAAGGCUAAGUUCAUCUUGCACGCUGUCGUGCUGAACACACAACUCUAUCUUUCUUCAGUAUGUAAUGAGUAAUAAAGAUAGAACGAUGCUCUCAGCAUAAACAUGUAAGAUGAACUUAGCCUAAGUACGUACCUAAAGACGUAAGUCUCUUUUCGUAUCAUCGUGUCAUUUGGCGGGAAUAAUAAUAAACAUGAAAAUAAACGUGUGUUACGUAUGUCAUGGGCUUUCUACAAUAAGGUUGCGUUUCUUAACAUCCUUUUUGAGGAAAUUUGAUUUGAUACUCUCUAUAGUUUAUGUAAUGUGACUUGAGGUUUUGAGUAAAAUUUUCCUCAAAAAGAACGUUUUGGAAUGCAACCUAAGUUAUUAAUCAUGAGCCAUAGGCAAGUUAACUAACCACAGUCGAUUAUUUUUGAAAAUAAUCAACUGUGAUUGGUCAAUUUGCUUGCGGCUUGUGACUAAUGGCUUAUUGUAGAAGGGCCAUCAUAGAUUUUCAGUACUGACAAUGAAUAUCCAAACGCAGCCAUAGAUUUAGGGUUGAUUUUUAGUAGUAUCCUAAUUUGUUAAGAAUCUUGAGCUAAAGAGUUGGAAAAGAAAACCGAUUCCGGAGUGUUUCGUUUUAAUCAGUUGAUCAUAGUCGAUGGAUGGUUGAUCGAUUUAUCCAUGAACAUAAUAUAUAUGGACUCCGAAUGCCUAUGUUCUGUCUAAUAGAGUGAAGCCAACAUCUAGAAAGAGAGCUAAAAUAGAGGGGCUAUAAUUUUUUUCCUAUUUUGUCACUUUUUUAUUGCGCGUGUAUCCAUUUUUAAUUUCCAUACUAUUAUAGAGCGCAACAGCACCCCGACUAGAUUGGCAAGUAAAAAUCUUAUUUAAAUUUUAUUGCACACUUUGUGUAGAAAGAGACAGAGAACAGAGAGGGACUGUACAUAUUGGCUUCACUUUUCUUGUCGUAUGCGGGGUCCAUGUAUACUACGUCCAUGGAUUUACCCCUUGUCCACAACCUUGCUUUAAUCUUUAAGCCAUAAGAAAUUGAUCAAUCACAGUCGAAUAUUUUGAAAAUAAUCAAUAUCUUACGGCUUAAAGAUUAAAGCAUGGUUGUGAACAAGGGGUAACACACAAACUGGAUACCUCUGAACUACCAUGGUACAAACAUAUGCUUAGACUACUCAGAUCUUCAUGAUAACGAUCAAAUUUCGUUUUCAAAUAGCCAUAAACACUAUCUGUCGUAUAAAGAAUGCACGAAAGCUUGGAACACUAAGAUUUUUUAAUAUUGAUAAGAUAACAUUAAUAUUUAUGUUAGAGUUAUUUUCACAUAUUUUAUUGGUGUUUUCAAAAUAUAUAUCGCUAUUUGGAUAAUCAAUAAUUAGUAAAUCGUCAAAGUGAAUUGGUGGAAGCGCGCAACUUUCAUAUUUGCGAUCCUAUAUUGAUACGUGCAAACUUGACUUUGCAAAAUUUAUAAAGUAGGACUUGAAAGAAGAGUGAGUAGGAAGCAUAUUGAAACUAAUUUACGCGAACGUUAUCGUUUCUAGUACGGUAAUUGUAAUAUUAAUAGUAUUGUAACUAUAAUUUCCAUUAAAAGUUAACGAAAGUUGAAA